UGUGUGCGCGUGUGUGUACCUGAGUGUAUCUAGCCCAGCAGGCAGCAGGCUAGACUGGAGACACCUGGUCUGGUAUAAAGGCUGAGCUCGGCUUUAUAUGUAUGUAGUCGUGCUCCAACCAGGAGGGUCCAACCACACCACCACCAAGCCUGCGUGGAACUUCUAGAGGAGGCUGAACAGAACAGCAGUGGCGCACACACACUCAUACACACACUCUCACACACAACUCACACACAGAGACGCACUCCCUCUGGACUUGAGCAGCUCUCCUCCUUGGCUUCUCCAGCAGCAGCAGUCUGUCCUCUCGCUCGCUAUGAUGGAUCUAAAGCUGUGGGGAUGCGCGCUGCUCUUUCCCCUGCAGAUAUUCCUCUGCGUCCUGAGGGCAGCCGUGCGCUUUCUGCUGCCCCCGAGGCGCAAAGACCUGGGCACCGACGUGGUUCUGGUGACCGGGGGAGGCAGAGGAAUCGGCCGACACCUGGCCAAAGAAUUCGCCAAGCAAGGAGCCAAAAAGGUGAUUCUGUGGGGCCGCACUGAGAAGUGUCUAAAAGAAACCUGUGAGGAGAUCUCAGCAGCAGGAACAGAAUGUCACUACUUCGUGUGUGAUGUGGGGAACAGGGAGGAGGUGUACCAGCAGGCCAAGGUGGUGAGGGAGAAGGUUGGCGACGUUACCAUCCUGGUGAAUAACGCAGCAGUGGUUCAUGGGAAAAGUCUGAUGAACAGUGAUGAUGAUGCACUUCUGAAAACGCAGCAUGUCAAUACGCUCGGUCAGUUCUGGACCACGAAAGCUUUCCUGCCUCGGAUGCUGGAGCUGUGCCACGGCCACGUGGUAUGCAUCAACUCCAUCCUUUCUCUUUCUUCCAUCCCCGGAGCUAUCGACUACUGCACGUCUAAAGCCUCGGCCUACGCCUUCAUGGAGAGUCUGACUCUGGGAUUGCUGGACUGUCCUGGAGUCGACUGCACCACAAUAUUGCCCUUCCACACAGACACUGAGAUGUUUCAGGGCAUGCGAGUCAGGUUCCCUCAGCUCUUUCCUCCACUGAAUCCUGAGAUGGUGGCCCAGAGAACUGUAGAUGCAGUCAGGACAAACACGGCUUUUGUUGUUCUGCCAUGGACCAUGCACUUCAUUGUUGCCCUAAAGAGCCUUCUGCCUCAGAGCGCUCUGGAGGAAAUUCACAAGUUUGCGGGAAGCUACACCUGCAUGAACACAUUCAAGGGACGGACAUAAAGCGGCGUCUGCAGGAAAGCAUGGAAUGUGAAAAAGUGUUUUUUCAACAAACUUAUCGAGCAGUGCAAGCACUCCCCUGUCCCUGGAACGACAAAAACAAGCUGUAGCGAAGGACUUGAGGAUCACAGGGAUACGGCGUAUCACAGUGGCUGUCUGUCCAGCAUCAUUUUGUCCGUGGGUGUAGCGUGGACUGAUCUUUUGUAGUUGCUUGUGCUGGUAAUAUUGGUGUGUUAGUCUGAAUGGCUCACAGGUUUGCUAGUGGGAGCGUUCCUUGGACCUGUGGGGUUAUACUGGAGUUAGUCUCAUUAACCAAUAGAGAAGCUGGUUUUGGGAACCUUCUAGAGGAGCAUCCAGAGAGGAGGUCGGUCCUUCACACAGACGACAUGGAUUUAGAGCAGGUUUUGUAGGUUCGUACUAAUUUGGAAAGCUUUUUUAUUGUAAUUUAAGACACUGCAGAUUGUUUCUCUGACUCAUUUUCAGUAAAUCCAGUGUAAUCUUCUCCAUAUUAAUGUCAACACUGAAUAAAAGUAUUUGAUAUUAAAAUAACGCUGGUCAGUGUUAUUCUGUGUGUGUUCAUGUGGGUCAGAAAACAGGGGAAUGUAUGUCCCUGGCAGUGAGCUUGUUCCUUCUCAGCCAAAACUCACAGGCAUUUCAUGGUCAGCAUUCCUCCAGAGCGCGCCAGCCAAUCAUGAGCUCAUAGCGCUGGAGGUAGGGUUGUCAAAACACAGGCUCUACUUAACAGGAAAGCACACUGCAGAGGGUCAGCCACUGGAGGGCUAAUGGACGGAUUUCAGUGGGUUUACUCAAAUAAUCGAGGGUUGCCGGCAUCGUUUUCAGCUUUGUCAAAUGCGUUUCCGUACCCAGCUGCUAUAAAUGAUCAUCCUUAGGAAAGUCGUAUCCUUUAGAAGGCAAACUAUAUAAAAAUGCCCCUCCCUCACCUCUGCAUUAGUCAUUUUGGUCUCCAGAUCAGAGGAUAGUACCUCAUAAAAUACAACCAGACUAAUUUCAGGCAGCUGUUGUCCUUCUCUAAUUGCAUGGCAGGUAUAAAUACUGGCAGACUCAUGUUUCUUUAACCACAUUGUUAAAAAAAAAGUGCCCUGUUGUCUAUCAACACUUUUGUAAUGCUGAAAUGUCUUAAAUGUUUUUUUCCUCUUUCUAAGAUUCUAAGAUAACAUAUUGCCUGUAUUAAUACAGAAAUAAAUAAAUGUCAGCUUAAUUUUU